ACACACGCAGCACACCUUCAGAUGGAGAUGAAGUAGCAGCGGCAGUCGAUCAACUGUGCAACAACAGCGUCUGUACCGCGGAUCCGGAGGUUUAUUCUUCAGGGGGGACAGACAGGUGACAGAGCAGACCGACCGAGACUCAGCCGCCUCAACGUCCAUCGGUGGAGAUUACUGCCGUUUCACCCCCACCACCCCCCAACCCCCCCGCGGCGCGCACCCUCCCGAUUGCCACAAUAGAUGUUACUCCACUAUAUGCAUUUCGAUCUAAUCAUCUAAGCCCAGUCCACCAAGAUGGAAAAUGCGCACACUAAAUCGGCGACCGAAGUUUUAGACAACUUCGGUGUGAACGAAAACACUGGGCUGACUCUGGAGCAAGUCAAAGUCAAUUUCGAGAAAUAUGGACCGAACGAGCUCCCAGCUGAAGAAGGGAAGUCCCUGUGGGAGCUGGUGGUGGAGCAGUUUGAGGACCUCCUGGUCAGGAUCCUGCUGCUAGCUGCCUGUGUCUCCUUUGUGUUGGCUCUGUUUGAGGAGGGAGAGGAGACAACCACCGCCUUUGUUGAGCCAGUUGUCAUUCUUCUUAUCCUUAUCGCCAACGCUGUUAUCGGGGUCUGGCAGGAAAGGAAUGCUGAAAAUGCCAUCGAGGCUCUGAAAGAGUAUGAACCAGAGAUGGGAAAGGUGUACCGCAUGAACCGCAAGGCUGUCCAGAGGAUCAAAGCCAGAGACAUUGUCCCAGGAGACAUAGUGGAGGUGGCAGUUGGUGACAAGGUGCCUGCUGACAUCAGAGUGACCUCUAUAAAGUCCACCACCCUGCGAGUGGACCAGUCCAUCCUCACAGGGGAGUCUGUGUCCAUCAUCAAACACACUGACCCUGUUCCUGACCCCAGAGCUGUCAACCAGGACAAAAAGAACAUGCUGUUUUCUGGCACAAACAUUGCAGCAGGCCGUGCCAUAGGUGUUGUCGUUGCUACCGGCGUGGCCACUGAGAUCGGUAAGAUCCGUAAUCAGAUGGCCUCUACAGAACAAGAGAAGACGCCGCUGCAACAGAAGCUGGAUGAGUUUGGCCAGCAGCUCUCCAAGGUCAUCUCCCUGAUCUGCGUGGCGGUGUGGGUCAUCAACAUUGGCCACUUCGGAGACCCCGUCCAUGGUGGCUCUUGGGUCAGGGGGGCGAUCUAUUAUUUUAAGAUUGCUGUGGCCCUGGCCGUGGCCGCCAUCCCCGAAGGGCUGCCUGCUGUCAUUACCACUUGCCUGGCCCUCGGCACGCGUCGCAUGGCAAAGAAGAACGCCAUUGUUCGCAGCCUGCCCUCAGUGGAGACCCUGGGCUGUACGUCUGUUAUCUGCUCCGACAAGACGGGCACCCUCACCACCAACCAGAUGUCCGUCUGCAGAAUGUUCGUUGCAGACAAGGUAGAAGAUUCAAGCUGCACCCUUCAUGAGUUCUCGAUAACUGGUUCUACAUACGCCCCUGAGGGACAAAUACUGAAAGGAGACAGGCCCGUCCAGUGUGGAGACUAUGAUGGGCUUUUGGAGUUGGCCACUGUGUGCUCUAUGUGCAAUGACUCUUCACUGGACUACAAUGAGGCCAAAGGGGUUUAUGAGAAGGUGGGUGAAGCCACAGAGACGGCUCUCACCACCUUAGUGGAGAAGAUGAACGUUUUCAAGACUGACGUGUCCGGACUCAGCAAGGUGGAGCGUGCCGGUAGCUGCAACUCGGUGAUCAGGCAGUUGAUGAAGAAGGAGUUCACGCUGGAGUUCUCUCGUGACCGCAAGUCCAUGUCUGUGUACUGCACCCCCGUCAAGCCGGGCUCCCAGAGCAAGAUGUUCGUCAAGGGUGCUCCUGAGAGUGUGAUCGAGCGGUGUCAGUACCUGCGCGUGGGAACUGGGAAGGUGACGCUGACACCCGGCCUGCGUGACCAGCUGUUGUCUAAGAUCAGGGACUGGGGGACAGGCAGGGACACUUUACGCUGCCUGGCGCUGGCCACUCAUGACACUCCACCACGCAAAGAGGACAUGGACUUGGAGAAUUCCACCAAGUUUGUACAGUAUGAGCUGGGUCUCACAUUUGUUGGCUGUGUGGGCAUGCUCGACCCUCCCAGGAAAGAGGUGAUCGGUUCGGUGAAACUAUGCAACGAGGCAGGUAUACGUGUUAUCAUGAUCACAGGAGACAACAAGGGCACGGCUGUGGCCAUCUGCAGGCGCAUUGGCAUCUUCGGCGAGGAUGAGGACGUGACAGGAAAGGCCUACACAGGCCGCGAGUUUGACGAUCUCCCGCCGGAGGCCCAGAGAGAAGCCGUUAAACGGGCACGCUGCUUCGCCCGCGUCGAGCCGGCUCACAAGUCGAAGAUUGUGGGAUACCUGCAAUCAUUCGAUGAGAUUACUGCCAUGACAGGAGAUGGUGUGAACGAUGCCCCAGCCCUGAAGAAAGCGGAGAUUGGCAUCGCCAUGGGCUCCGGCACUGCCGUGGCCAAGUCAGCAUCCGAGAUGGUGCUGUCAGAUGAUAACUUCUCCACCAUAGUGGCUGCUGUGGAGGAGGGCAGAGCCAUCUACAACAACAUGAAGCAGUUCAUCAGAUACCUCAUCUCCUCUAACGUGGGAGAAGUCGUCUGCAUCUUCCUGACAGCCAUCCUGGGUCUCCCUGAGGCUUUGAUUCCAGUCCAGCUGCUCUGGGUGAAUCUGGUGACGGAUGGCCUGCCUGCCACCGCCCUGGGCUUUAACCCCCCAGACCUGGAUAUCAUGGACAAACCUCCUCGCAACCCCAAGGAGCCUCUCAUCUCUGGCUGGCUCUUCUUCAGAUAUCUUGCCAUUGGAGGAUAUGUGGGUCUUGGAACAGUGGGUGCUGCCACAUGGUGGUACCUGUUUGAUGAAGAUGGCCCACAAGUAUCUUUCUAUCAGCUGAGACACUUCAUGCAGUGUACUGAAGCCAACCCCAUGUUCGAGAACAUAGACUGUGAGGUGUUUGAAUCCCGCUAUCCCACAACCAUGGCCCUGUCUGUGCUGGUCACUAUCGAAAUGUUCAACGCGCUCAACAGUUUGUCUGAGAACCAGUCCCUGGUCAGGAUGCCACCCUGGGUCAAUGUUUGGCUGCUGGGAGCCAUCAUCCUCUCCCUCUCCCUCCACUUCUUAAUCCUCUACGUUGAGCCUUUGCCGCUGAUCUUCCAGGUGACCCCCCUGCACUGGUAUCAGUGGAUUGUGGUCCUGAAGAUUUCCAUCCCUGUCAUCCUCCUGGAUGAGGCACUUAAAUAUAUGUCCAGGAACCAUUUAGAUGGUGAUGAAGAGAAGAAAUAUCGCAGGAGAUGGCAGCUGAACUAAGACCUCUCCCUCAACACACUCACACACUUAGACACACGCCUAUCCUCUUCCCUUUACAAGCUAGGAACCUUUUCUCUCCCCUGUCCUCAUUCCCCACUCCUGCAUGUCCGACAAACCACCACUAGAAAUGAGCAGUGGCUUGCAUGAGAGCGAGUGUGCAAGAAGAGAGCAUGCGUGUUCCUGCGAGCAUGGCUUUGUAUGAGCGUGUGUGUGUGUGUGUGUGUGUGUGUGUGUGUGUGUGUGUGUGUGUGUGUGUGUGUGUGUGUGUGUGUGUGUGUGUGUGUGUGUGUGUGUGUGUGUGUGUGUGUGUACAGGCGGAUGCAGGCCUGUCUUUAUAGUUGCGAGAGCGAGAAACAACUGCAGAAGAAAACAAACAACUGCAGAAGAAAACAACAACACAAAGAUAAAACUUCCCAGGGCUCUGCUUUUUAAAGAUUUCUGCUCAUUGGUUUUUUUGACUUUACAGUACAAACAUAGUGGUGCAGUAACUGGACUUUGGGGAGGGAAGGAGAGGGAGGACAGGGGAGCGCAGGUUGAUAAUACUGGGUGGGAGGGGAGGGGAGGGGAGGGGAGGGGGGUUGAAAUUAGCACAGAGACCGAAAGAGAGAUUGAGAGGCCUGCCAUGGGAAAGAGACUGAUGUACACACUGGCAAAAGAAGAGCAUCAGCAAGAAUGUGGAAGGUUAAAACAGCCGGCUCUGGAGGGCGGCACGACCAGUGUAGAGAGCCAUCGUACCUGUGUGUGUCCACGAAAACAUUAUCUGGAGGUACUGCCCAGGCUUCUGCCACCCACACUACUGGCACUGACUUCCAGCCGGCUCUGCGAGAGCACAGCCUUGUCAGCACAACACCAUUGUAUCUUUGGCCAGUUUGUCACAGCGCUGCUCCUUCAUCGCUCUUUACUCUCGCCACAUAUAAAGUCUUAACUCCUAUUGAUUGUGUUUUCUGCAGAAUUACUCUGCCUUUUUUCCUGUCUUGCUCUCUCUCUCUGUCUCUCUUUCUCGCUCUGUGUCGAGGAGGCAGCUGUGGGACCGGGGGUUCGUGAUGUUAUCGGGCUCUCUAGUUAAGGUUGUGGAGAGAUGUUGCUCCACCUAAAGGUGUGAAUAGCUUUACGCCGCUUGGCCGCUUCCUUCGGCUCUUAAUUCGAGGAGCUGAGGUCAGCUCACAGACUUGGCAAAAAUAAAAGAACUAAAAAUGUCAGACAGCAACCAAACCAGCAUACCUGUAGAGCAGUUGUCAGCCAGUCCACCCAGCUGGUCCUGUUAAGCCUCACUUUAAUGUCCAUCUGCUGUGCUGCCAUUGGAAAUUUUCUCUGUCAAAUAUUUAAAUUAAAUGUAGAUCUGAACAACGGGAUGAAGCUCCGUGACAUUUUGUGCAGACUGAUUGUCCUGGAGUUUCAUGUUGUUGAUAUCCCUUUAAUGUAUUCAGUUAUUUCUAAGCCUGCACCAGCGCCAGGGUGUGUGUGCAUACUGUAUAGCCUUACCUGAAUUAAUUAGUCUAAUUUGCCUCGAUAGGCUUUUCAGUCACUGAAUCGCACAGUUGAUGUAGUUGAAGUAAGUAAGUUAGGGAUUGGCAAGUAAACUGCCUGAUUGUCUCACUUGCUCAUGAAUCAUUUAUAUAUUAAGCACAUUUAACAUCCAUGCACUCUUACACAGCCCACUGCACCUCCACAUUGAAUAUGUGGUCGAAAUGAAUGUGUUUCCGCCAACCUUUAAUUACCCACCGCCACCACUCUCACUCAUACGCGCCCUAUCAGUGAUAUUCAUUCUGAUCACUUGAGGUCUUAAAGACUCUGAAUGUCCACCUGGUCUGCAGCAUGUUUGAUAGGGAAACCCUCUUUGUUGUGCUUUGUGCGCUGCUCCCUCAGCUCCUCCUGCUCUCUCAGUGCUUCAGCAACUCACUUGGGUAUUGUUUUAUAAUGACUUAAUAGUAAUGUAUUUGACUGAAUGAACCCACAGGAUUUGGAUUGUGUCUUUAAGUCUUAAUUAUGGGUUUCGUGUUGGGCCCUGGUGCUCUGGGGUGGGGGGUCAGUGGUGUGUUUGGUCUACUGUUGCUUCCACAAGGGAUAGAGAAGAGUGCAUAUUAAUUAAAAAAACAAAAAAAACAUUGUGAAGGUGCUGGAUAAACAAAAAUAGGAAAUUGGAUCGGCACACACUGUCAGUCCCUCAUAAUAAAUAUAAAUUAGUCUAAUAAAGCAACGUUUCGAUUACAGAGAUCUUCAAGGGACUUUUCCCUUUGCAAAGAUCUCUGUGCAAUUUCUUUAAAUUAAAUGAACUGGGCUUUAUUGACAGUUGAUUAUCUUUUUUUCCCUUCCAUUUCCUUCCAAAUCCCUCCUUAAACACUGUAGCCAUUAGUGACCAAUCUGCUUUUGCUCACAGGACUGUAUGUAGUUGCAUUCGUCUAUUUUGUUACUUGGUGAUGUUUUUUUCUCAGACUCUAGGGGAUAACUAGCUAAACUUGGUUAGCAUGACAUCAUCAUAUUUCCAGUUCCACGUGCACUCUGGGGUCAUUCUUGGAAUUGUACAGUAGGAAAUCACUCAGACUUUGGUGAAGCAAAUGAAAGUACACUAAAAAGUAGAUUAAAAACAUCACCAGCCACAAAAAGAGGCUUUGAACAUCACAGCCUGAUGACAUUUGGCAAUGUGAGAAGACUUAAUGGUGGAAUAUUCCUUAACAUUUUAUACCAGAAUACCCUUUAUCCCAAGUAAAUAAUUACUUUGAUUACUUGACAUAAAACAGUCGUUACGUUCAGUGACUUCUUCAUUAUGUUUUGGUUUUUUUACACCACCAUGAGAAUGUGGCACCUCUGUCCGGACCAGCAGACCACCUGUCCCUGUCCCAGGUCUCCAUAGCUCUGUAACAUGCUGGCACUCUGGCCACCAGGCACUAUAGGUCUGUAUAGCCCUGUUAUUUACUACUGAAUCCUCAACUCUGUACAGAAGAUGAGAAAAUGAUCGCAUGGAACCAUGUUACUGUAAUAAUAACCUAUACAGUAUAUGAUAUUUAAUUUUUUGAUAACUUACAUCAAUGAAACUUACUUAUCAACAACAGACAGACUUGCGAGAAACCAUUUUUUUAUUUUUCUUUGAGCACAUGGUAUCUAAGGAUCUAAUUUUUUUGUUUUGUAGAAUAGAAAGGUUGUUUCUUCAUUGUUCCCGUUUGGUUUUUACAGUUGCUGGGGUUUUGUGUCUUACUGUAGGGAAAAGAAUAUGACGUUACCAUGUUUAAGAUAGACAAGAAUCAUGCUUAUGCUAAUUAAGGACGAUGACGUUGAUCAUUUCAAUGAUGGCUACCCGGUGUGAGAACGUUCAAGGAUUUGUGAAUGAACUGUGUCUGGUUUACACUGAGCGAUAAAGCAGUGAUGAAUCCUGGGUUAUGAAGUUUUAUGACUGUACAUUGAAGGGCUUGGUGUGGAUGCAGGCUCUAGAGACCCCUGACAAUCCUUAUGGGCUGACAACUCUUCCAGCGUCUUCUACCAUCUGUAAAAGAAUAACCACCUUUACUAACCGUGAAGGAGUGAUCAGUAACAUCUUACCAACGCUUCCCUUUUCUUUGUCUGUAUGGACGAGUAAAAAGUCUCUAGAGCCCGAGUUCCACCUCUGAGAAAUUAAAAGGAUUCUCUGUAUUGCCUUGUUAAUAUUAAUUGUGGACACAUAAUUUUAUAAAUGACAAAGACGUGGAAAUAAAGAUAAUUUAUCUUGUUAUUUA